UUGAAACGUUCCUUUUGCUUCUUGUCGUCGGCCUUUCUAGAUUGGAUUCGUGAAGGCGGCGAACAAAAAGAACGAUUUCAAGAUGGUGAACUUUACGAUCGAUCAGAUCCGUUCAAUCAUGGAUAAAAAACAUAACAUUCGUAAUAUGUCUGUCAUUGCCCAUGUUGACCAUGGUAAAUCCACAUUGACUGACUCCCUUGUUAGUAAAGCUGGCAUCAUUGCUUCUGCAAAAGCUGGUGAAACAAGAUUCACAGAUACCAGGAAAGAUGAACAAGAACGUUGUAUUACCAUCAAAUCAACUGCUAUUUCCAUGUAUUACGAACUGAGUGCCAGUGACAUGCAGUUUGUACCAGCAUCUGACAAGWCUGAAAAUGGUUUUCUUAUCAACCUUAUUGAUUCUCCUGGACACGUUGACUUCUCCUCAGAAGUGACUGCUGCCUUGCGUGUCACUGAUGGUGCUUUGGUUGUUGUGGAUAGUGUUAGUGGAGUCUGUGUGCAAACUGAAACAGUGUUGCGUCAAGCCAUUUCCGAGCGCAUAAAGCCAGUCUUGUUUCUCAACAAGAUGGACAGAGCACUUCUUGAAUUACAGUUGGAAAUGGAAGACUUGUAUCAAACUUUCCAGAGAAUUAUUGAGAGCAUCAAUGUCAUCAUUGCUACUUACAGUGAUGAAGAUGGACCAAUGGGUAACAUUCAGGUUGCUGCUCCAUCUGGCACCGUUGGAUUUGGCUCUGGUCUGCAUGGAUGGGCAUUCUCUCUUAAGCAAUUUGCUGAGAUUUAUGCAUCUAAGUUUAAGAUUGAUAUACCAAAGCUUAUGAAAAGACUUUGGGGUGAUAACUACUUUAAUCCCAAAGAAAAGAAAUGGAACAAAGUUGGAGGCGAGGGAUAUGUGCGUGGAUUCAACCAGUUUGUUCUUGACCCUAUCUACAAGCUUUUUGAUGCAAUUAUGAACUUCAAGAAAGAAAAGACAGGACAACUCCUUGAAAAGCUUAACAUCAAAUUGUCCACUGAAGAAAAGGACAUGGAAGGGAAGCCUUUGUUGAAAGCUGUUAUGAGACGCUGGAUMCCUGCAGGUGACACUAUGCUUCAGAUGAUCACUAUUCAUCUACCCUCACCUGUUGUUGCUCAGAAGUACAGAAUGGAGAUGUUGUAUGAAGGUCCUAAGGAUGAUGAAGUUGCUAAAGCUAUUGAAUCAUGUGAUCCAAAGGGUCAUCUCUGCCUYUAUGUGUCCAAAAUGGUACCAACUGCUGACAAAGGAAGAUUCUUUGCAUUUGGUCGUGUGUUCUCGGGAACUGUGGCCACUGGCAUGAAAGUYCGUAUCAUGGGUCCCAAAUAUCAACCAGGAAAGAAGGAAGAUCUUUAUAACAAGAGCAUUCAGAGAACCAUUUUGAUGAUGGGACGGUACACUGAGCCUAUUCCUGAUGUGCCAUGUGGAAACAUUGUUGGUUUGGUGGGAGUUGAUCAGUAUUUGGUCAAGACUGGUACCAUCACGACCUAUGAGCACGCCCACAAUUUGAAGGAUCCUAUGGUCCAGUGCGUUAUUGCGGAGAGCGGAGAGCAUAUCGUUGCUGGUGCUGGUGAGCUACAUCUGGAAAUAUGUCUUAAAGAUCUAGAGGAAGACCACGCUGGAAUUCCAUUAAAGAAAUCCGAUCCAGUCGUUUCUUAUAGAGAAACAGUUCAGAUUGAAUCGWCCCAGACUUGUCUGUCCAAGUCACCAAACAAACACAACCGUCUGUACAUGACAGCAGAGCCUUUAACUGAAGGCAUAGCAGAAGAUAUCGAUGAUGGAAAAAUCAAUCCCAGAGAUGACUUCAAAGUACGUGGUCGAUAUCUGGCUGACAAAUAUGAAUGGGAUGUUGGUUAUGCUAGAAAGAUCUGGGCAUUUGGGCCAGAGGGAACUGGGCCUAACCUUUUAGUUGACAUGACCAAGGGAGUACAGUAUUUGAAUGAAAUUAAAGACAGCGUGGUUGCUGGAUUACAGUGGGCAACCAAAGAAGGCCCGCAGUGUGAGGAAAAUGUCCGUGGGGUGAGAUUUAAUAUCCAUGACGUUACGCUGCAUGCAGACGCAAUUCAUCGCGGCGGUGGACAAAUCAUUCCCACUACAAGAAGAUGUCUAUAUGCUUGUAUGUUGACUGCAGAACCAACCCUGUUUGAACCCAUUUAUCUUGUAGAGAUCCAGUGUCCAGAGAGUGCGGUUGGUGGUAUAUAUGGUGUCCUAAACAGAAGACGUGGUCAUGUCGUAGAGGAAUCUCAAGUUCCUGGAACGCCUAUGUUCUACGUUAAAGCACAUCUCCCUGUCAAUGAAUCAUUUGGUUUCACUGCUGAUCUACGUUCCAAUACCGGAGGACAAGCCUUUCCACAAUGUGUUUUCGACCAUUGGAAACAUCUUCCCGAAAACAAGAGACCAGACAUUGUUGCAGACACCAGGAAAAGGAAGGGUCUCAGUGAGGGUGUUCCAGCCUUGGACAAUUACCUGGACAAACUUUAAGAACAUUUUACAGGGAACCAUAGAACAUCUGCUUAGAAAAUAGCCAAUGAGGAUCAUUUAUGAACAGAGAAAUUUGAAAUGGUUCUUGUAAUCAAAUAAAAAGUACGCCUCAAAACCA